AGAAUCAGAGGCGUCAAGUAACCAAUGACGGGUAUGAGGCCAGCAGAAAAAUAAGCAUUAAUCAAAAUCUAAUUAUUUUUUUCUCAUAAUUUAUCAUAUUUUGAAGGAAAAUGCCAAUUUUUACGUUAGCGAUCACCGGAUAUUAAACUCGACACGCUCGCUUCCUCACUUUGGUCAGUGUGCGUCACACAAAGCAAAGACCGCGGCUGACGACGAGGAGAAGCCAUGUUGAACCAGCUCCCAGUGCAGUGCUUUAAUAGUACUUCGUUCAAAGUGGAUUCGCAUUAAAAGUCAGACGAACGCCGAACAAGACCGAAAAUGUCAGCGGACGAUUUCCAGACGAAGUACUCCUCCGUCAUGGAGACCAUGCUUAAGAGUGCUGUGGCGGAGACCAGGAAACUUUUCGAAGCUAUGGUCGAUGAGCUGAAAGCAGAAAUAUCCAAACUCAAGGCGGAAAACGACGACCUCAGAACAAAAUAUAAACAGUUAAAUAAGGCGAACGACCAAGUUCCCGUUAACGCCAGAACGCGCGAGCCGCUCAGAGGAUUGAGCGGUAGCUUCGAGAAGCGUGACACGGCCACUCAAUGCGACCUUGCUCCAGUUCGCACCAUGGUGGUAGAACAGUGUGAACCACUUAGUGACUUAUCACUGCAGAACCAAAAGGAGCAAUGGCUUUUUGAAGACAUAAAUCAUGGUUUACAGGAGCACGAUUAUGUUUCUCACAGAAAUGCCCAUUCUCAUAUGGCAUAUAUACAAGUCAAACAGGAGGCAGCUGAUGAUUUUCCUCUGCAGUCAAUCUUGAAGGAGGAAGUUGCUGAGCCUAGUUUGGACUGUAGGCACGUGAGUGAUACAGUUGUUUUACAGACAACAUCUGCUUGUGGAACAGAAGGACAGAAAGGACUUCACAUUAACCAGGAAUCCUCAACUGAUGAUGUAUCUUUGCCACCUACCGUGGCAUUGAAACUUCCCUCUUUAGAAAUAGUUAGUGGUUUGCCUAUCAAAAACCAAUCAUCUAAACUAGAGUGUUCAAACGGGAUCUCACUUGCUAAAAUAAAAGAUGACUUGGAAGAAGAGACUGAUGCUAACAUUAAGAUAUCUGAAAUUAGAACAUCUGCUGACUAUUCAUUGGUGGUUGGUCAACAAACCAUUGAAAAGGAGCACUGUCCGAGAGAAGGUGGAAUUUCAGUAAAUGACCAGACUGGUGUUACUGUAGAGUAUCACAGUGUACACCACACAGAGGAACAGUUUGCAAAGCCCACACCAUGUGACCAAGACAUAGCUGAUGGAUUCCUAAAACUUUCCACGAUAGGAGAGCAUUCUAUUUCAGAACAGCCAUGUAGGAAAAAAGGCCAUCCUCCACUGAAGAGGGUAAGAAUUCUUCAGUUGCCAUCUACAAGAAAUGAGCAGAGGAAUGUGACUUGUCCUUUAAUAAGAUUGGCAGAGGAUAAAGUUUCAUCUGUAGUUGAUACAGUGAAGACAACUGCAUCGGUGUCUCCAAAAGUAUGUUCAUUUGGGUUGAAAACGAUUUCAUCCCGUACCAGCCAAGCGGUGCAACAGAAGGUAAAUACUGCUUUAUCAGGUAAUGUGGAUGCCCAGAAGGUUGGAUCUUUGCCUGGUUUGGAAAUAUCCUUGGAGAAAGACUCUUCCCCUAAUAAGAAAAAAAUAAAGCAAUCUCUGAAACCUUCCACAGAGAUUACUGAAGCAAAAAUUCAGGCUCCACCCAAGAAGGAUAUAUUUGCAACGGGAACAAAUACUCCUCAACCACAACCCAGUCAUCACUGCACCACUGUAACUAUCCAGGAUGCUAUGCUACUAGUUGAAGCCAUGAAUCAAUCAACUGCAGAAAAUGCCUCGCCCUUUUCUAGUCCUCUUGUGAGUAAGUUAUUGACUGUAAAUAAGAAUCCUGCCAAGUCACCAAUGCCACAGCCUAUUCUUGUGGGCACACUACCUCUAACAACACUGUCCACAUCAAAGUUUUCAAAUGGAGAGAAGCCCAAAGCUGCUACUAGAUCUCAUUCCCAACUUGGAAGUGUUCGAUCAAAUCCACAGCAUGUAGUUACUCCACUCAGCACUACUACUUUAUCAAUUCCACUGUAUAAAACUGCAAACCAAACAAGUAGUGGGGUACAUCAGAUGCACCCUCUGUCAGUAGUCCCCAGUAACCCUAAUGCAGCGCUGCAAAAAAUUAUUAUUGUGCCAAAAUCAGCAUCGCUGUUGAUGCCUAAUAAAGUUGCAACACUUUCAUCAAACCAACCUACAAUUGUGACAACAGUUGUUCCCAACACUGGCUUACAUACAGCUUCUACAAAUGAAACCCAUUCUCUUUCCCGCGUCCCUCCAAAGACAAUAUAUGUUACCCAGGGGCAAUUGCUUCCCAUUGUCUCUUCAAAGUCAAACAUCACCUUCACAGACCAGCAGGAAGGAAGUCUCGCAAAUUCGGAAGUAAGAAUCACAACUCCAAGUCAGUCAAAGACAUUUGUUCCUGCAACAAAGCAGGACACAGCCUCAUCAGCCUCAAUUGUGGCACAAACAAACUCAACUUCACAGCCAAGUUCUUCAUCACAGGAACUGAAAGAAUCUUUGACUACACAAACUUCACACAAAGUGGAUACAGCAUUGCAAAAGACCGAUACAUCUGACAAUUUGGAGUCUCCCAAACAAACCAUUGCUGUUGCUGAAACAGCAGAUGUCCUUCUAGAAACCUGUUCCAGUUUACAUGGACCACUUGGGUAUACUUCACCAUCUACAUUCCUAGUUAAUCAACCAAUGGUUCGAUUAACCAGACUGCCAUUUUCAGUAUCAACUGAAGAAUCUGUUUUGGUCUCAAAACUGACUUUAGAUGGGUCUUCUGAACCCAAGUUUACGUUGAAAGAUAUUAUCACACAAACAUGGCUGUCUGAGAUGCAGCAAAUUACAACAGUGAGUGCGUCAGCAGCAGCCAUCGGCAUGACUGAGCCUUCAGGCGUACUUCCCGAACAUGACAAAGAUAAAAUCAGCAAUACAGUGCAACAAUGUAUGUCAAGUGCUUCUAUACAACUAACUGCCUUUACUUCCAAGGAUGCAUCUGAUCCUCAUUUACAGAUGACUAAAACACAGUUCCUGGCAAAGCUGGAGGUGUCACCAAGAGUUGAAGCCCCAGAAAAGGUUUCUCCUAAUGAGCUACCAGAUUCCACAGUUUGCAGUAAAAAAAGGUUGAACAAAGCGUCCCUUCUGGCCCGUCUCCGAAGAAGACCUGAAGUCAAUACAGAACCAUGUAAAGAAGCUGAGACAAGUGAUGUCGAACCAAGGGAAGUUAGUUCAAAGACUGGAGGUCCAGAUGGUAAUGUGACUGAACCUUUUCCUCCUAGGCCUGAAAAUGAAUUUCUGGGGGUUGAUAUAGACUCUGUAAAUAGUACUAACGAGGCCAGUCCUAUAAGGUUUGACCAAUACGAAGAAGCCCUUUCAUCAGAAAAAAGUCUGUGUGUGCAAAAUACUAGUUCUAGUAUAAACAAUGACACCACUAAGCCCAAAAAUGCAAAAUCCACUUCUCCAAGUCCUAGGAGAAAAAGAACAACCAGGGCGUCCUCUACGCCCAAAAAUACAAAGUCUGCUACUUUGAGUCCUCGGAGAAGUAGAAAAACUAGAGAUGGUUCUAGACCUAAAAAUACAAAACCCACUUCUUUGACUCCUAGGAGAAAAUGUACAGCUACACAUGGUUCUAGUCCCAAAAUUACAAAAUCCACUUUGAAUUCUAGAAGAAGCAGUACAACAAGAGAUGGCUCUAGUGCUAAAAAUACAAAAUCUACUACUUUGACUCCUAGGAGAAAAAGUACAACUAGAGAUGGUUCUAGUCCUAAAAAUACAAAUUCCACCUCUCUGAGUCCUAGGAGAAGAAGUACAAGAGAUGCCUCUUGUCUCAAAAAUAGAAAAUCUGCUUCUUUGAGUCCUAAGAGGACCAGUGCAGUUAGAGCAGUUUCUAAAAAUACAAAACUGAUCCACAUACCCAGUACAUUUGGAGAUGUUGCUAGCCUAAAAAUGGCAAAAUCUGCUUUUCUGAGUCCGAGAAGCACAAUUUUAUCCAGAGUUGAUACUAGUCCUAAACUUACAAGCUCAAGUUACGUUAGCCCUAAAAGGAUUAUUUCAGCUAGAGAUAGGUCAAGCUUCCAGAAAACUGAGCCGGUCAUUCCUAGUAUGUCAAAAACCACUAGGGAAUUAAUGAUUAGAAAAGGACCUCCUGUUGUCUCCAAAGGUAAUGCUAACACUCAGCAAAAUAAAAGGUCGAAUCAUUUUAAUCACAGGAGAUUUAGCGUAACUACAAGCAGUCCCUUAUCUAAAAAAGCUAAAAGUGAAACUGCUUCCCCAAGUAUUAGGUCAACGGGUAAACGUGAUGUCAGCCCUACAAUAAGUAGGGAAUCCACCCCUGCUAAGAAAGAAAGAUUAAGUCCAGACCGCUUUGGAUCUAACACUAAUUUACUUUUGAAGAAAUUAGCUAAAGCAGCAAAGGCUAAAACAAUAACUAAAAUUAACUUUAGUCAAGAAGAAAAACUGCAGAAUGAGAGUAAAACAAGUCAGGUAACAGAGAAACAGGCUAACCACGAGGCUGUAAAGAGAAUCACAUGUAAAGCUGUAUGGACCCCUCCUAAAAUGCCGGUCACAAAAUCACCCAAGGAAGAAAUAAAUUCCCAGGAUGUUCAAGCAGUUUACCCCCAUAAUUAUUCUGCUCAUUCUAUACCUGUCAGAGCACCACCUAUGGUGUCCCCCUUAGAACCCUUAAUGGUCAUUGGUAGCCAUCUGUUAAAGAAUCAAUGUGGAGAAUGUGGCCGCAUGCUUAGCAGUAGUGCAGCUCUGGAAAGCCAUGUCAGGCUCCAUAAAGGACGGCGGCCUUUCUCAUGCACGCUGUGUGGUAAGAGUUUCCCAGACUCCAAAGGUCUUAAACGGCAUGGCCGGGUGCAUCGUAAUGGAAGGAUCCAUGUCUGUCCACAAUGUGGGAAAGGCUUUGUCUACCGUUUCGGCCUCAGCAAACACCUCCAAAUGGUUCAUGGCAGGCUUAAACCUUUUGUUUGCCAGAUCUGCAAUAAGGGAUUCUACACAAAGAGAGAUGUGGAAUCCCACAUACGGAUUCACACUGGAGAGAAACCAUUUCACUGCAAUCUCUGUGAAAAGAAAUUUUCAAGGAGAGUAGAACUAAAUGUGCAUUUGAGGUGGCAUAAUGGGGAGAAAAGACACUGGUGCCCAUACUGUGGGAAAGGAUUUUUAGACUAUAAUAAUCUCAAAAGGCACAAAUUUAUCCACACAGGAGAGAGACCACAUUCCUGCCCCCACUGCACCAAGCGCUUCACUCAGUCAGCGCACCUGAAAAAACAUGUUAAAAAUGUGCACAAAAUCAAAUGAGAUGAAAUGUCAUCCUGUUACACUGCAAAGAGGGAUGUUUUGCAUAUGAAUUUGUGUUUUGCUUGAGCAAAUUAAUGAAAUAAUCUAGAUUUAGUUUAUUUUGUUUUUUACUGAGACAAAUUAAUUUUGUUUCAUACAUGUUUAAGAAUAUGCUUCAGUAUUUCAGAAAUAUUGUUUGCUUGUUGUGUAAGGUACUUUUGAUUGUACAUGUAGAGUGGGAGCAAGAAAGAAAAUUAUCUUAAGAAAACUGUUUUGUUUUGUUUUGUUCUUUUGGGGUUUUUUUUUUGUUUUUUUUGUUUUGAACAGUGACAGGACAAGAUUAGUAGUUAUGUAGUGGUUGGAAUAUUAUUUGUCUUGAGAGAGAAGGAUUGGCUUUCCCCUGCAAAGCUCGAAAUCUUUUUAGCACUUGUUUGAAAAUGCUCACUCUUUCUCUCUCACGCCAAGCAAACAGGCAUGGUGUGGUCAGUUAGAGUAAGAGAGAUUUUCAUAAAGCAUUCUGAGGUUUAAUGUUAGAACUUGUAAGAAUUUACUAGAUCUAAUUAUUUCUUUAGUAGUGGAUAUAAAACCUGAGAUAACAAAAAGCUGUUGCUCUGAUAAAAGAUGUUCUCUCUUUCGAAUGCAAGUCAAAUGUUUGUAAAUAAACCUCAAGGCAACCCUCUGCUUAUUGAAGACAUUAGUAAUUAAAUAAUUUCUAUUUAUUUUGGUUCAUUAAGAAGAAGGCACAAUUUUAAAAUGUCAUGUCUGUUGCAUACUACAGUAAUUUAAAUUAUUUAAAUUAUUUAUGGUCAACAAAGAGAGUCUGCAAAAAUUCUGAUAGAAUGUUUUUAAUCUCAUGCAGAAAUGGAGCUGAAGAAAGGGUUUUUGAAACAUGUGAACAUUUUCUUUUAUUGCAGUUGAUGCAGUUCCACACUUUGAAGGUUUUUGGAUGAAUAGUACAGUGAAUUUAAAAGAACAAUGUAGGCCAAACUUUUUGUUGUUUUGUGAUUGUAUUAAAUUAAGUUACAUUUAAAUUAAAUAAUAAAACAAAUGUACAAAUUUC